UUACUAUUCCUGUUCAUGAUUAUGAUUGGUCGAUAAACCGAAUAAGCCACCUAAAAAUAGUAUUGACGUGUUGGUCUACCCCAAGUUGUGUAUAAAAACCUGUUAGGAUAAUACCGAGUCUCAUUCGACCAGAGAUAUUUUAUAAAGCAAUAUGUGAGGUAUUUUGACCUGAGCCAAUCUACCCCGAGCCGAGCGAGCCAACCCCCUCUAAAUGACAGUCGAGCCUACACACAGAAAACACAAUAAUCGAACAGCAAAUAUGACGCAGCAUCACCGACGACGUUUCAAUGGCAAUAACCGCCGAACGCAGGGGCCCACGACGGGGUUUUCCACGACAUCGGCGCACCGGUGUAAGCAACAACAGGGUUUUUUCUCUUGUUCGCCUCGAGAAAUCAGUGCCUGCCCUCGAUGUUUGCCUCGCCAAGAAGAAUGGGAAAUCUGCAUUUUCUCGACAAGUUUCAAGAAACGAUCAGAAAACUUCCCCUACAAGGACACCCUGUAAUAUUUAUGUUGGGGAAAAUUUCUCCGUUUCCAUCCAGCAGUAUUUCAACUUCGUGAAGUUAAUGGGAGAUAAUUCUAUGGGAGGUUUGAUUCACAAUAAUUUCUACCCACACAAGAAACUGAAGGAAAUGACACUUUCCAUAGCUGCCAUUAGACUUGCAACAGUUCCAAACGCAGGAGGAAACUCGGUAGUGUCAGAAGUGUUAUCUUUCGAGUUGUUCCAGAGGUGUUUCAACGCAAAACUGCUCAAGACUGAGAUGGAAGUCGACUAUUUCCCCAUGGGCGGAUCCAUUACCGAUUAUGUGUGUGAUCUCUUCGGACAUAAAGUGGGUGUGUCCGUCACCCGAGCGAUGAAGUACCACGGGGAGUUCACAGAAGAAGAUGCUCACAGGCUACUGACCAAGAAACUGUCAGGCGUCGUACAAUCAACAAAGAACUCGAUGGAGAAAUGGGAAAAACAGAUUCUACACGUGUGGACCACAAGUAAAGAUACAGCUAAUACUCUGUCACGUGUCUUCCAUAACCUAGAGAGUGACGUCACAUCCAAUACGGUCGUCAUGAUAACUGUUUCAACAAACGCGAAAUACAUCUUCAGAAACAGCUGAGACUCUGCCCUAGUGUGUUAAAAAACACACAUUGGAAAGUGCGCCACAUCCAACAUCGUCGUCAUGGUAACUAUUUCAGGAAAGCGCAAUAUAUCUUCAGAAACAGCUGAGACUCUGCCUUGAUGGUAAAAUCACAACACCUUAGAAAGUGCAGUUACAUCCAACAUCGUCGUCAUGGUAACUGCAUGUUUCAACAAACGCGAUAUCAUAUCUUCAAAAACGGCUCUGAAAUUCUUACCUAAUUAAUAUCUGGUCAAAAUACCAAUAAUUGAACCUCCUAAUGCCUGUAAAUGGUAUUCGGUACAGUAAUAUUCCUAAUUCUAUAUUCAAGUAUCACAUUUAAAAAAAAAGUAUCAAUAUGAUUAUAUGAUUUUAUCGCUUUACCUUCGUCUCUUUGAUGGAGUGUUUAACCAGCUGAUCUGCACCGUUUAGGACAGAAUCACUCUCACUUAAAAAAAAAGUGAUAAAAACAUAAAUUAAAAAAAAAAA